CAGUACUGAGCAAAGCUCGUUGCGUUUCGCAUCGGUGAUGGGCUCGCCUAUUGGAGAUUUCUGUGGCAAUAUGGACAAACAGUGACGCCCGCACUCACUGACCAGUGAAGCGUGAAGUGACAGGAGCCGAGUUCCGUAUCUCUCAAGACACAAUCUCAUCCAAAAAAAUGGGGAACUGCGUGUCCCGAGAAGGGAGCAAGAAAGGUGGAUCCUCGCACAACUCGGGAGCUCAAAACAAUUGUGGUCAUCACAAUGGAGGACUGGCGAGUAGUAAUCAUCUCCAAACACCCAGUCACCAUCCCAUGCAUUCCGGAGGGGAUCGGCAGAAGUCUUCCAACGACAAACACGAAGGUCCUCAGAGCACUAACGGUACGCCGAACCGGGGCUCGGGGGAUCGUUACUCUAAAAAUCCGUCGACCGAUCUGAAAGAAUGCAGAAGCUCCGGCAGUGCUUCGGGCAGCGGCCAACAGAAAUCUGUUGUGGCACUGUAUACGUACGAGGCUCGCGCUGACGGCGACCUCAGUUUCAGAAAGGGUGAUCGCCUCAUAAUCAUCGACGAUCGCGAUCCCGAUUGGUGGUGCGCUCGGAACAGCCUUACGAAUCGACAAGGCUACAUUCCGCGGAACUAUGUGGCGGCCGAGAAAUCGGUCGAGAGUGAAGAUUGGUUUUUCGGAAGAAUCUCACGGAAAGACGCUGAGAAAAUGCUCAUGAUGGAAACCAAUCCUCGGGGCACGUUCUUGAUACGACACCGAGAACAAACCCAAGCAGGGGGGUACUCACUGUCCAUCAAGGACUUCGAGUCCUCGAAAGGCGACCAUGUGAAGCAUUACAAAAUCAAAACGCUCGAUCAGGGUGGAUUCUACGUAACGACCAAAAUGACAUUUACUUCACUCCAACAUCUAGUUGCUUAUUACUCGGAAGGCGCUAACGGACUUUGCCACAGACUGACCCUUCCGUGUCCGAAACCCAAACCGCACGUCUGGGAUCUCUCACCCGAGACGAGAGAUGAAUGGGAGAUUCCCCGAGACUCACUGGAACUCAUACGCAAGCUAGGCAGUGGGAACUUCGGCGAGGUUUGGUACGGUCUGUGGAAGAGUGCGACAGAGGUCGCCGUCAAAACACUGAAACCUGGCACGAUGGAUCCAGCAGCCUUCCUGCAGGAGGCUGCGAUCAUGAAGAAGUUCCGACACGAUAAGCUCGUUUCGCUGUACGCCGUCUGCUCGAAGGAGGAGCCAAUCUACAUUAUAACCGAAUACAUGAGCAACGGAUCUCUGCUCGAAUACCUGCGGAAGCAAGACGAAAAAACGAAAGUCAAGCUACCUGUUCUCAUCGAUAUGGCAGCCCAGAUCGCCUCUGGGAUGCAGUAUCUCGAGAGCAAACAACUCAUUCAUCGGGAUCUCGCCGCGAGAAAUAUAUUGGUAGGGGAGAACAACAUUGUCAAGGUGGCCGAUUUCGGUCUCGCUCGGAUCAUCGAAGAUAGCGAAUACACAGCGCGGCAAGGAGCAAAGUUCCCCAUCAAGUGGACUGCUCCUGAAGCCGCGCUCUAUGGAAAGUUCUCGAUCAAGUCCGAUGUGUGGUCGUACGGCAUUUUGCUGUAUGAGUUGAUAACCUACGGCCAAAUACCGUAUCCAGGUAUGCCAAACCGACAAGUGAUUGAGUACAUCGAGCAAGGGAGCCGCAUGGCGAAGCCACAAGGAAACGAGUGUCCCGAUUCCGUAUAUCAAUGCAUGGUUCAUUGCUGGGACGCGGAUCCUGAAAAGCGACCAACAUUCGAGUACCUCUUCAACUUCUUCGACGAUUAUUUCGUUUCGACUGAGCCUAGUUACCGAGACGCCGAAGAGUUCUAACCCUCGUCCGCGGGACGGGGCUGCCUCCCCCAUUCAAUAACUAGGUCGUCGCUUCAUUCCGGUCCCCUUCCUCUGGAGACCACCCCGGAGGAAAAUCUUCCUCUGGGCAUCGAAGAAGAAGUAGGCCUGACCUUUUACGGCAUCUUCUGAUGCGCGGAAGUACCGGCCGCCGCCGCCGCUGAGGUGACGUCUCGCUUGCUGUACUCGAGCAGCAGCAGUUGCGGCGGUUCCUCCGUCUCGAUCGUUUUCCGACGUCAGCGUUCUUCAUGACGUGAA